CGCUCUCCCGCAUAGAACGAAUGCUGAUCUUCUGCUAAAAUAUGUGUUAAAACUUCGACAAAAAGUGACUAAUUCUGCGGUGGAUUUGUUUAAAAAGUGAUGUGCUGAUAUUUAUGGGAUCUAAGCAAUAGUAUGGCUACCAAGGUGGUGUAUUUUACUGUCGGGGGCCGCAAGGAACAGGCCGAAUUUCGAAGCGAUGACCCGACUGACGAUGUACGAGAGACAUUCCGAGCAGCGGCAGAAGCAGGACCAAACGACAUCCUUAAACUCUACAACACAAAGGGAAACCUAGUCAAUAUUUCGGGCAAGUUAGCCGAGAAUUCACCCAACACACGCUACAAGCUCGAGGUGGUAGCGGCCAUUUUGUCGGGUCACACAAUAGCUUCCCAACUUGGCUUCAACUCCAUCGACAUGGAGGCACGAUUGCAACUCGUUGAAAAGAAACUGCUUGUUGAGAAUGGUGAAUUGCCCCAAUCGUUGUCUGAGAUAAAACACAAGGUGGAAUCAUUCAGGGAAAAAUUAGAGGGUGUUGAGCACCUGAGCUGGUUGGGCCUUUUCAAAGACAUUUCCAGCGGUACGUCGUUACAACCGUUCUGGAACAAAAAAAACAACAGUAAACGGAAAGAUCAGGAACAUUAUGAACGCGUCUUUGAGAAGUUUAAAAAGAUGAGUCAAGUCCAGAUGACCGAAUCAGUUCGUGUCUACCUCCGUAAACCGACCUUCGACAACUGGCAGUGGGAUGAUGCUGAAAUCCUGGUACUGUUACAACAAAUGUACAUAGAUCUGGGGUUUUUAUCAACAUUUAAUAUAGAGUUGAAGACAUUACAGUUGUGGCUCUACGAGGUCUACAUUCAUUAUAAUUCUGUCCCGUUUCAUAACUUCAAACAUUGUUUCAUGGUUGCUCAAAUGAUGUAUGGCUUAACAUGGUUAAUAGACUUGCCGAAAUAUCUCGAUGCUAUUGAUAUUCUUGUCCUCAUCACGUCCGCAAUCUGCCACGACUUGGACCAUCCAGGGUAUAACAAUGCAUAUCAGAUCAAUGCAAGAACUGAACUAGCGCUCAUGUAUAACGACAUUUCACCGUUGGAGAAUCACCACUGUGCCGUAGCCUUUGAGAUCCUUGAGAAACCACAGGCAAACAUAUUCGAAAACCUGCCAAUCGACACGUAUAAGAAAGUACGUGAAGGGAUGAUCAGGUGUAUCUUAGCAACAGACAUGGCAAAACAUUCAGAAAUACUCAACAGUUUCAAGAGUUUAGUCAAAAACUUUGACUUCAGCAAUAAGGAGCAUAAAGCAGUGCUAAUGAUGAUCUGUAUCAAGAUGGCGGACAUCUCAAACGAAGCGCGGCCAAUGGAGGUGGCAGAGCCAUGGCUCGAGUGUCUGCUUGAGGAGUACUUCCAACAGAGUGACAUGGAGAAACUGGAAGGUCUGCCUGUGGCCCCCUUCAUGGAUCGCGAAAAAGUCUCCAAAAGUUCUUCUCAGGUCGGCUUCAUCAAGUUUGUUCUGCUACCGUUGUUUGAGGCUCUGGGAGAGCUCUUUCCUGUGAUAGAGGAUGACAUCAUUGACCCUGUGCGAAAGGCGCUCGAGUAUUACACAGAAAUGCAGAAAGCUCUCGAGGAAGAGAAGGCACGCAAGUUAGAGAGCGACAAGGAUGCCAGCAAGAACACGAUCACAGCACCAAAGGCAAAUGGCACGGUCAAAUCAUGAGGUCAAGGGCAAAUAUUGGGGUAAGGGUCAAGGUUCAAAUCACGUGUGCAUAAGGACAUUGACCGAGAUCGUUCCCGCUCUUCUUCGAUAUAUCUGUUGUGUAACCCGUCGUUACCUGCCAUAUGGGUUUGAAGAGCAUGUUCUGGGUGAUCAGAGCAUGCAUUCCUAUGUCAAAAUACUGUAAAAAACUAUGUGUACACCUCAGCAUUGAAUCUGUAUAUAGACCUAUCCCCAACUAGGAGCACUGGAAAGGCGUGUAGUCAUUCUGAUGGUUGGAAGUCCGUAUGGAAAGAAGUAUUGUGUAUGUCAGCAUGGAGCUAUUGCCACUCUCAAGAUGGCACCUGUGAUUUUGUUAUGUUAUGUUACCAAGGUUACAAGAAUAAGCAGCCAUCUUGAAAGUUUUGUGCAGGUUCUAACUGUGCUGGCCACUAUCACCCAUUCGUCUUGACUCAGAGCUUCACAAUAUUCUGCUUCCUCUAUUGUCAUCUGCACAAACUAAUUCUUGUCUUCCCGGCUGUCAUCAGGAAGAUGAAAUAUUCUCUAGAAAACGUUAGACGAUGUCAAUAUCCUCCUCCGCAAGUUACUGUAAUCCAAGAAAUAUGUGCUUUUAUUUUUCGUGAUUUUCAUGUUUACAAAAAAUUGCCACGAAAAAUAUAUCAAUUGAAAUGACGGGUAAAUAUUGACAGGUUUGCAGUCAGUUUGUAAAUCUGUUUCUUGACAGGACUUCUCAUCUGUUGUCCUGGGCCAAGAUACCUUCUCAUCUGUCUCCUAUCUUAGAGACAUUGUGUCAAAGGUGUUCUAUAUGUUUACCUGCUAAUCAGAUUAUAGAUGGAUUAAUAUGUAUUUGUAAACUAAAGUUGUAACAAGAGUUACCACAUGUGUAGAUUUGAAUGAAUAAACAUUGCUGGGGUACCUUUCAAGGAACAUGGAUUACACACAAGUCUCAAUGGUAGGACAGGUCUAAGUGUAUGAUCUAAAGGAAGCCUCUGAUAGGUCACUGACUCUAUUGACACUUCAUUGACACCAAUUUCUGCCCCACCAACAAACCAAACAUUUCCUCCCCCACGACACACUUGUGUUGUCAGAUUACAAAAACAUACACAACAAUUCUAAUCAACCAUAUGAGAAGUGAAACUCCAUGUAAUCAAGAAUAGAACAGAGUAAUGUUUAUUUAUUCUGACUGUAAUCAAUAUCUCGUAUUAGUAUGACAUGUAUUAUUUUUGUAAAUUAUUGCAUUUAUAGAUUUUAACCUAUUUAUUAUUUUAUGGAUAAGCUGGUUGAGUGUGACUAAUUGGGGCAGUUGAGUGUCCAUGACUCAGGUUCCUGUUCACUACUUCAUGCUAUAGGGCGGCGCAAAGAUACAAGUAGAUGACAUCACCACGUCAAACCUAGUGAUGUCACAGACAUUAGAUAAUGUCACGUCACUGACAUCAAGGUAUAUAUUGCUGUCAUUCAUUGGCCACAUUUUAGACAUGCAUUGUCCGAUAGUUUGAUGAUGUCACAAACAUUAUCUUUGCGGGGCCCGAUUUCACCAGACAUUCAGUUGGUUUGCACCCAUGAAGAAUAAGUGUAUAUAUCGGUUGCCUGCAGUAUUGUUUAUAAUGUAUGAUACACUGUGCCUUGUCUUGGCCACAGCGGUUUCCUGUUGCGAGCAUUACUGCUUGGGGCGAAACAAAUAUGGAGGCAGUCAGAAUCGCGUUUCAGUGUUUAUUUUGAGGUGUUUUAAAAUAGAAAUCGAUACGUCUCUGUUUGAAUUGGUUGUCUCACCAUAAUCACAUGGCUCGAGCUGCCCAAGGUCUCCACUGCUACCUCAGUUUUGGCUUUCAUUGUAGCUCCACCCUCAUGGUGAUUGGUGAAGCAACCAAUACCGCCAAUUCAGUAUCAAUUCCUUGAGCCAAAAUGUAAAUAUAAUAUAAAAAUGUGUACAAACUUUAAUUUAUGUUAUUCAGUUAAGUCGAACCAAGGACCACAUAGACUGUUACCUAGUUCCUUCAUAAACGCGUCUUUGAAGAGUAUUUUUGUAUUAUAACGCCUAGCUGUUACGAGGACAUGGACACUAGAGGGAGCUAGUGGUUUGGAGGGUGGACACUAGGGAGAGUCAUCACAUACUCGUAUUAGAGAGAGUGCAAUGUGCCAACGUGUGACGAGCCAAUAGGAGCAAUAUUGGAGCUCUCGCUGUCUUGCUGUCACCUGCAAUGACACCCGCAAAUGAGUGAUUAUCAUUGCCUGUGAGAGGCUGUUCUCCUGUGGACGAGGUUGGUGGCUGACUAUAGGCUAGAGCGUUACACAGUGAUACAUGUACCAGUACUUGAUGGUCAAGUCUGUCUUCCCCUCGCUAAUCUUCAGCUCGUCUGUAUCAUUAACACUUGUUCAUAGAAUGCAGUAAGUCAACGACCUACAUGUAGACUUUAAUAAUAAACAAUGUCCAUUUACAGUA